ACGCCUCUCCGCGCGGGCCCCGAUGGGCGCCCCUUAGGUGGAGGGCGCGCCGCCCGGGACUGGGCUUCGGGGACGAUGGGGACCCCCUGGCGCUUCUCGGCCCGGGUCUGCCUGUCCCAUCUGCGGUGCUGCUUUCGGCUCAAGCCGGAGGAGCUGCGCCCUCUCGGGCCCCUGGGGUACCAUCGCGGGGCCCGAGUGUGCUGGCUUCUGCUCGGUAGUCUGCCCAAGCUCAUCUCCGCCUCCGGGGACGUUGGGGUGGGGGUCCCCGGCCGCGUGUGCCUGCCGAAGGCCCCCCACCGGAGCGACGUGGCCGAGGGCCGGGCCGGGGAGCGGGGCCGCCGCGUGCUCCUGCCUCUGCGCCUCUGCGUCCGAGCCGGCCUGCUCCUGGCCAAGUUCUUCCCCCUCCUCCUCCUCUACCCUCUCACCUACCUGGCCCCGGGCCUGGCCGCCCUCUGGUUCCACCUGCUUCUGAAAGCCACCGAGACCUCGGGCCCCACCUACAUCAAACUGGGCCAGUGGGCCAGCACCCGGCGCGACCUCUUUUCCGAAGACUUUUGCGCCCUGUUCUCCAGGCUGCACGUCCAGGUGGCCCCGCACCCUUGGGCGCACACGGAACGCUCCCUCCUCGAGGCCUUCGGAAAAGACUGGGGGCACGUCCUCUUUUUCGAGACGCAGACACCUGUGGGUUCCGGCUGUGUGGCCCAGGUGUACAAGGCGUUCGCCAGCCCUGCCUUGCUGGGGAGAGUCGGCAGCUCGGGGCCCCGGGAGGCCGCCUCCGGAGCCGGGCUGGUCGCUAGGUGCCGAGAGGUCUUUGGACAGCUGGGGAAUGAAUGGAAGAUUCCGGAAAAUCUCGCGGACCAGUCGUUUCUAGAAAAGCUGCUCCUUCCUGAAGCUGACCCUGUUGGAUCGAAUGUAGAAGGGUCGCGGGCGCCUGGCUGUCCACCCGAGCCUGGCAGGCUCAUCCCCGUGGCUGUAAAAGUGUUGCAUCCUGGCCUGCUGUCCCAGGUGCAUAUGGACCUGCUUCUGAUGAAGAUUGGCAGCCGAGUCCUUGGGCUUUUGCCGGGCGUCAAAUGGCUUAGCCUGCCUGAGGUUGUGGAUGAGUUUGAGAAGCUCAUGGUCCAACAGGUUGACCUGCGUUAUGAAGCUCAGAAUUUAGAACAUUUUCAACGCAACUUCGAGAAUGUGACGUCUGUGAGAUUCCCCACUCCUCUGCGUCCCUUUGUUGCCAGAGAGGUCCUGGUAGAAACAUAUGAAGAGAGCGUGCCCGUGUCCAGCUACCAGCAGGCAGGGAUUCCCGACGCCCUGAAGAGGAAGAUCGCGCGGCUCGGGAUCAACAUGCUCCUGAAGAUGAUCUUUGUGGAUAACUUCGUGCACGGGGACCUCCACCCCGGGAACAUCCUGGUCCAGGGUGCCGAUGGGCUGUCCCCAAGCCGGGAGGAGCAGCUGCGGCAGGCGGACGUCUGUGACACGCUGACAGUGGCCAUGGUCCCCGCCCUCCGCCCCCUGCGGCUGGUGCUGCUGGACGCCGGCAUCGUGUCUGAGCUGCAGGCCUCUGACCUGAGCAAUUUCCGGGCGGUUUUCCUGGCCGUGGUGAUGGGGCAGGGCCAUAAAGUGGCUGAGCUCUUCCUGCAUCAUUCCCGGGCCAACGAGUGCAAGGACGUGGAGAGGUUCAAGGCUGAGAUGGCCACACUGGUGACCCAGGCCAGGAAGAACAUCAUCGCCUUGGAACAGCUACAAGUUUCCAACCUUCUCUCCAACGUCUUUAAACUGCUGAUGAUUCACAAGGUAAAGCUUGAGAGUAACUUUGCUUCAAUUGUGUUGGCCAUUAUGGUGUUGGAGGGGCUUGGCCGCUCACUGGACCCCCAGCUGGACAUCCUGGAGGCAGCAAAGCCUUUUCUUCUCAAAGGAUCAAUGUCAAUCUUUUGACCCUGGCAGUGGGCAGGAAGUGAAGGCUGCUGCCAAGGGCCUGCCCUGUGGUGUACUGGCCAUGCAGACCCCAUACUGUGGAAGAAGGCACACCACUGUCUUCUGGGUCUGUGUGAAAAGCUUUACGUGGGGAGUAAAGGGACAAGGGCUCUGUCUGUGCAUUUGGGGAGUGGGACCUGGUGCUGGGGGUACCGGGUGGACAAAUACAUCAAACUAUUUUGUUU